AUGCACGGCCUUGGUUUUGGAAUCGACCGCGGAGGAACUUUCACCGAUGUUUUUGUAGUUUAUCCCGAUGGGAUAAAUAAGACUUUUAAAUUACUAUCCGAAGACUUUUCGAACUAUCAAGAUGCACCUACCGAGGCAAUUAGACGAAUCCUCAACGAGUAUACAGGGACCGAAGUGAAGCGAGGGGAGAAGAUACCAACAGGUAAUUAAUUAUACCGUGCUUGACAUCGUGAUUCGUAGACCAUAUUGCUUGGAUAAGAAUGGGCACAACGGUGGCUACCAAUGCGUUGCUGGAAAGAAAAGGCGAACCAACGGCCCUACUUGUAACAAAAGGAUACAAGGUAAAAACAGGGAAUGUUUUUUCGCUAACAAGGUAUCUCAAGUACGACGCUCAGAUUUUCUUUCAAUUUUGCACGCACGUCGGGCAUGGACUAAAUAUCAAUUCCUGAAAGGUUUAGCUCGCGCUAUGCAAGCGCAACGAGAUAUUGAACUAUCUUUGCCGCCGAGAGAGUAUGCUAAACGCGGAGAGCGGUCAGAGAGAAAAACACUUUUUGGCCGUAACUAGUUUUUUUCUGGCUUCGUGGAAACUGGACAGAGUGAAAUUGGACAGAGUGAAAUUGGACAGAAAUAAUUUGGACAGAGCGUGUAAAUUGGACAGAGUGAAAUUGGACAGAGUGAAACUCGACAGAUUUUUUUUCACUGCAAAAAAUAAUUAUUUGAUGAUUCAAUAUUGACAUUUCGUACGAUUGCAGCGAAAAUCUGUCCAAUUUCACUCUGUCCAAUUUCACUCUGUCCAAUUUCACCCUGUCCAAUUUCCACGCUCUGUCCAAAUUAUUUCUGUCCAAUUUCACUCUGUCGAAUUUCACUCUGUCCAAUUUCCACGAAGCCUUUUUUCUUGCUAGUUUCGUGCGGAAAAAAUUGAUUUUUUAUAGAAACAUUACACUUUACGACAGAAAUAGGUAUGAAACUUUUCGUGCCGAAGUUCAGAAAUUUUUGCCGACUUUCGAUUUAAAAAUCUCGGUUGUUUCUACAAAGUGCGAGCUUGGAUUCUCGCACAUACUUUAGAAAAAACUAUUCUAAAUUUGUGCCAGCUUCGGCAGCCAUCGCAAUCGUUGCGCCUCGGAAUGAUGGACGAUUCCGAGGCGCAACGAUCCGCCGUUAUUUUCCCGACAAACUGAUAUUAUCUCUUACGGCGGAAUGUCACUUUUUUUCACAUUUCGUGCAAACUUGCAGAUAUUAUUAGUUGAGAUUUUUAGGAUUUAUUGUUUAUCGGGAAUCAACAACGUCCAAAGAUCUUCGAUUUGCAAAUCGAAUUACCUGAAACAAUUUACGAUGAAGUGGUUGAAGUGGACGAACGAGUUAUAUUGGAUAUCGAUGACUGUGAAAUGAAUAUUCCUGGGAGGAAAGUCGAGACUCAAAGUGGGAAAUCGGUGAUCGUAGAAACAGAGAUUGACGAAAAUCAAGUUCGAGACGAAUUGCAGAAAGUCUUGCAGAAGGGGAUCAAGUCACUGGCGAUUUUAUUUAUUCAUUCGUAUAUGUAAGUGUAAUUCCUCGGUUCAAGCCGGAAAAUAUAAGUAAAUCCGAGUUCCCUGUCUAAUAAACGAGUGUAACCCCGUAAAGAUACUAAAAGAUAUUAUUUUCGAAAAAUAGCACUUACCUUCUCGUUACAAAAUUAAAAUCUUUUCGAAAUUACAAUUUUUUGAAAUUUACACUUUUUUACAUCUUCAGUCUUAUAAUCACUUUCCGUCCUAUAGCAUGUCAACUACUUAUUUUUGUCUUUUACUAUGAAAGGAUAGUAUUCAUAUUUAUUAUUUCUUGUCAAAAUCGAAAAUAGUGUACCUUUUUUGGGGGAGAGUUCAAAAUGGGGAAGUGUUCAGUUGAGAGCAAUUCCUCGUUCUUAUUUAUAUUUCAGAUAUCAAAAGCAUGAGGAAAAAGUUGCUGAGAUUGCGGAGGAAUUAGGAUUUAUAAACAUUUCUCUGUCAAGUUCUGUGAUUCCAAUGAUUAAGGCUGUUCCCAGAGGUUACACAGGCAAGUUUAAUGUUUUGGUAUGAUAAUAUUCUUGUUUUUAAGCAUGCGCCGAUGCUUAUUUGACACCUAUAAUUCAGAAAUACAUCGAUGGGUUUAGAAAUGGAUUUGUUGAUAAUUUGAAAGGAGUUAGCCUCGAAUUUAUGCAAUCAGAUGGUGGCUUAUGUCCAGUUGAAAGGUAGAUUAUUUCGUUUAAGUUUAAAACAAGUCUUCAGGUUCAUUGGAUCACGGGCGAUUCUUUCUGGACCUGCAGGUGGAGUUGUUGGUGUAUCCAUGACUUCGUUCGAUAAGAAAGAUAAACGGCCGAUAGUUGGAUUUGAUAUGGGCGGGACCUCUACUGAUGUCUCCAGAUACGAUGGUAUAUUCACUCACACAUUGGAGUCGGUUACUGCUGGAGUCAUGAUCCAAGCGCCACAGUUGGAGGUUAAUACAGUAGCUGCUGGUGGUGGCUCCCGGCUUUUCUUCGAGAAUGGCCUUUUUGUAGUGGGUCCCGAAUCAGCUGGGUCGACUCCCGGACCAGUCUGCUAUCGAAAGAAUGGCUAUCUUACAGUAACUGAUGCAAAUCUUGUGUUGGGAAGAAUCCUCCCCGAAUAUUUUCCAAAAAUAUUUGGCCCAGAAGAGAACGAGACAUUGGAUAGGUAAGUGCAAAAGUUUUUCGGCCGGAUUUGGCGACACUCAGAUUUUCUUUAAAUUUUGCACACUGGCCGGCCAUAGGCCAGAUAUCAAUUCCUGAAAGUUUAGCUCGCGAUUUCCAGGGGCGGCCAAGAGGGAAAAUAUUGGGUAUUUAAACAAAAUAAGGGGAGUCUCAGGAUUCGGGGGAAAGAAUUUUAACAUUUGGCCAAAAACCAAAAAAGUUAUAGCCAAUUUAAUUCCGGCCGAAAAAUUACCGCACUCUGUAUUACAAAAUCUGCGACAUAAAGGUUUUCAGGAUCGGGUCAUAUAAAGCAUUCCAAGAAUUAUGCGAAAGAAUAAAUGCUCAUAAUAAGGCGAACAAUAUUAAGGAGAUGAGUGUGGCCGAAGCCGCCCUUGGGUUCGUUCAAGUUGCCAAUGAAACUAUGUGUAGACCUAUAAGGACACUGACUGAGGUAAUGUAUCACAUAUAUAGCAGCACGGUCUUUUUAGAGUAGAGGCUAUGACACUGCAAAUCAUGUGUUGGCUUGUUUUGGUGGAGCUGGUGGUCAGCAUGCUUGUGCUAUUGCCCGAGCCUUGGGUACGGUUCAUGCAUUUAUGUAUUUACAGUUGCCUUGUAGGAAUGAAGAAAGUCAAGAUUCAUAAAUACGCGGGAAUUCUGUCAGCAUAUGGAUUGGCCUUGGCCGAUGCCGUGGUUGAAUCUCAGGAGGCGUUCUUAAGGCCCCUAAGCAAUGGUAGGACACAACUGGUUCUCUUUAAUAAUGACAUCAGAUACAUCAGAAGAAUUGGCUCAGAAAUUCAGGAAACUGGAGGCUCGCGGGGAGUCGCAGUUGAAAGGUCAAGGAUUCAAGAAGGAUGAGAUCACAUUCGACAGGAUAUUGCACAUGAGAUACGAUCGAACUGAUUGUGUACUGGUCAUCUCAAGGUAAGUGAUUCACUAGGUCUCAUUAUAUCCAUAUUUACAGAAGUGACGAUCCUAGUAAUAUUGUCGGGGCAUUUACGGAAACAUUUGAAUCAAGAUAUAAGAAGGAAUUUGGGUUUGUCAUCAAAGAUCGGAGCAUAAUCGUGGAGGAUUUGAGAGUUAGAACGAUUGGCCAGAGGAAUCUAGUCAAAGAAAACGGAUUGAAGAGGGUAUCUGACCGUAAACUUAAGUCGGAGGAGAAAGUGAAAUGCUCUUUCAAAGAAGGAGAACUGGAAACAGACGUUUUCCUUACGAAGAGUCUAAAUCCCAAAGAUAGAAUCAAGGGCCCAGCUAUCAUAAUUGACCCUAACUCGACGAUCCUCAUAGAACCCAAUUGUCUGGCCAUCGUUGAUGAUAAAGGCGAUAUUGAAAUAGAAAUUCAGAGUGAAGAAAAGAAAGACCUGGGAGUUGAGGUGGACCCGAUUCAAUUAUCGAUAUUCAGCCAUCGCUUUAUGUCGAUCGCUGAACAAAUGGGAACGGUCUUGAGAAGGGCGGCCAUUUCUACAAAUAUUAAGGUGAGAUUGGAAGGAGAGGAUGACUUUUUUUUAGGAACGCCUUGAUUUUUCUUGCGCUUUGUUCAGUUCAGAUGGUGGUCUCAUAGCCAAUGCCCCUCAUAUUCCAGUACAUCUGGGAGGAAUGCAAGCGACGGUCAAGUUUCAAAUCCAGAACCUAAAAGACAAUAUUCAUCCGAAUGACGUCAUUCUAUGCAACCAUCCCUCUGCUGGAGGUUCUCAUUUGCCAGAUCUGACGGUGAUUACUCCAGUAAGUCCUGUCUUGGGUGUCAGUCUCAUUUCCAGGUUUUCUACGGCGAUUCGCAGAAACCCGAGUUCUUCUUGGCCAACCGAGGCCAUCAUUCAGAUAUUGGUGGCCUCGUUCCAGGCUCAAUGCCUCCACAUUCAACGAACCUAAAUCAAGAAGGCGCUACUUUUAUCAGUUUUAAAAUUGUGGAUAAAGGUGAAUUUAAAGAAAAGGAACUGACGGAAGAAUUCAUGAAGCCUGGGAGAGUCCCCGGAUGUUCAGGAUCAAGGAACCUUCGAGAUAAUAUCGCCGACUUAAACGCUCAAAUUGCAGCCAAUCAGAAGGUGAGGGGGAGAGUAUAGCAUGUCUACAGAGGAUUUUGUCCAGGGUAUUCAUCUACUCAAUGAAUUGGUGCAAAGUUACAGUCUAGAAGUCGUCCAAGCUUACAUGGGACAUAUCAAACGGAAUGCAGAGACAGCAGUCAGAACUUUACUAAAAGAUACGGCUGUAAAGACCUUGAAGGAAAAUGGAAGGCCAACUCUUCUGGCCGAGGACUUUAUGGAUGACGGGACUAGAAUUGCCCUGGCUGUUCAUAUAGAUCAAGAUACGGUAUAGAGUAGCAUUCGAAAUAAAGUCGACUUUAGGGUGAUGCGACUUUCGAUUUUACUGGGACUGGCCUUCAAGUGUAUUCAUCUUGCAAUACCCCACCAGCAGUCCGAAUGGCGGCUAUCAUCUACUGUCUACGUUGUCUGAUUGGAAAGGAUAUACCACUAAAUCAAGGAUGUUUAGAGCCUAUUCAGGUAUGUUAUUAGUUGCGUUUGGCACACUUAUCUAAUUGUUGGUUAGAUUGUAGUACCCGAUGGAACAAUAAUCAGCCCCAGUGAAGAUGCAGCUGUGGUUGGCGGCAAUGUUUUGACAUCACAACGCUUGUGCGAUGUAAUAUUCAAGGCUUUCAAGGCAUGCGCGGCUUCACAAGGUAUUCACUGAUUCCCUUUCUUAGGUUUUUAUUCAGGUUGCAUGAACAAUAUCACUUUUGGUGAUGACAAAAUGGGCGGUUAUUAUGAAACAGUGGCUGGAGGAGCGGGCGCGGGGCCUGGAUACAAUGGAAGAUCAGCCAUCCAUUCCCAUAUGACAAACACGAGAAUCACCGAUCCCGAGAUAUUGGAAUCACGGUAUAAAUGUGUUGUGUAUGUAUUUAAGUUGGUUUAGAUAUCCUAUAAUCCUCCGGGAGUUUGGCGUCAGACAGAAUUCUGGAGGUUCUGGGAGAUUUAAGGGAGGCGAUGGGGUUACACGAACUCUCCAAUUUAGAAGACCCCUCCAAUUGUCUGUCCUUACAGAGAGACGAGUAUUCAGACCUUACGGUACGUGUAAAAUAUAUAAAUGUUAUUCAUACAUAUUCUCAGGACUAAUUGGUGGAGAAGACGGAGAUCGUGGAAGUAAUACGAUAAUAAAAACAAACGGAACAAAGAUCAACUUGGGUGGUAAGAACAGCAUCACUGUGAACACAGGCGUAAGUUAAUUGGAUCUUUAAAACCAAAAAGUACAGGAUAUCUUCGAGUUAAAAACUCCCGGAGGAGGUGGCUACGGUUCCAAGUAG